ACAUUGCGCAGUGACAUUGUUUUCCAAAGUUCAUGCACAGGGCUGACAGGCAAUCUGUUAUAAGAAGUGCUUCACUUAUGAAAGUCAAGUUUGCAGAGUAAUUAACUCAAAAUAUAUUAUAUACAUUUAAUUCAUUAAAAAAAGCUCAAAAAAUCAUUUUUUACCAUUUGUGAGAAAGAAAUUUUAAAAUUGCACAAAAGCAAUACUUUCCUAUUUUCCUUAAUUUUAAAACUAUUUUCUACAAAUUGAAAUAAACAAAAUGUGGCUUUCCCUGAAAACUUCAGUUUCUAUUUGGCUAGUUCUAGGGUUAUUUUUUGCUUAUCAUCCAAAAAUUUAUACCGAAGAAAUGAAAUGUAAUCAACCUGUAGAUGUUGUCAUAUUACUUGACGGUUCUGAUAGCAUCAGUGACAACGAUUGGGUGAGAAGCAAAAAUUUCGUGAAAGAAUUGAUCGGUAGUUUCGACAUCGGUCUAAACACAAUACAUAUCGGAAUUAUUGUGUAUUCGAGCAAUAUUGGAGAUGUUAUUGGCUUGAAAAAAUUUCACUCGAAGGAAACGUUAAAGUUUCUAGCAAAUCGUCUGCAUCAUCCCAAAGACGGAACAGAUACGGCAGCUGGAAUCAGGAAGGUAACCGAAAUGAUGGAGGCUGAAUCCAGACCCAACGCAGCUCGGGUAGCAAUUGUUAUUACAGAUGGUAGAUCUAAACACCCAAUACAAACCACUCAAGAAGCACUUAAGGCCAAAUCUGCUGGUAUUGUGAUGUUAACUGUUGGAGUCGGUCAUGCUAUCUCCAGAGCUGAACUGAGUCAAAUAGCAACGUCUGAAAGAGAGAUGUUUGAUGUUUCUAAUUUCUCCGGUUUGCAAGGAAUUGUUGGAAUACUUCGAAAACUUUUGUGUAAGAUCAUCGUUACAACAACCUUACCUUCAACAACAACAUUAACAAGUAUUACAGCAAACACGACGAAAUCCUCGGCUGCGACAUCUGUAACUACUAAGAAAAAAGAAACAUUAGUUUUAAAAUUAUCUAAAUCAUCAGAACAAAGCAAUUUACAAAGUCUUUGCAAAGGUUGUAUAAUAGAUAGAGGAAUUGGUUACAGUUCUCACCCCAAUGACUGCACCAAAUAUGUUCAAUGUUUCCGAGCAGACGGCGAAUAUCGUGCCAAAAUCAUGUCAUGCCCAUUUGGAACAUACUGGGAUCAAGAUAAAAUUACUUGUUGGCACUCACAUCUUGUCAACUGUACAACAGAUGCUUGCUUAGUAACGCAAAAAGAUUCUACUUUUGCAAUGAGAGAUCACUGUGCAGGUUACUGGUCGUGCCAUUAUGGUCGGGCUGAAGCAAAAUGUUGUCAAAGGAACCACAGAUACGUACAAGGAAAAGGAUGUCAACCGGACGGGUCCUGUAACCAACUUUGUCCACAUUUCAAGAAUACGGUGGAGAACGACAAAUCUGAAUGCGAGUUACUAACUGACGAAGACAAUCCAAGUUCUUACAUACAGAUUGUUCCUGGCAUAGGACCUAUAUCGCGUCCGUGUGCUCCUGGCUCUGCUUUCGAUAAGAGUAUGUGUUCUUGUGCGAAAGUCAGCAAAUCCUGGAAACCACAUGUGGAGUGUAAACCUUCUGUCAGUUAUAAUUUCAACGAGGAUUUCGCGGACCAAAGUGGCAAUAACGUUUUUGCUGGGUAUGAAAGAGUUAUUAUUACCGAAAAUGGCUCCGCAAAAUUCAGUGACGGUAGUCGCAUAAAUAUAUGGAGAUUUGCUAAUGUCGAAUUCGGUGAAAAGUUAUUGCUGAAAUUACGCUUUCUUACGUACAACUAUGGAGCAGUAGAACAACCAAUAGUUACCAACUGCUAUGGUGAAUAUGGAGAAGGGCCUUCCAUUGCUAUCACGACAGUCGAGCAAAGUAUAACCAUUAAAAUCAAAACAGAAUUUGGUGAAACUGGAAUCUUGAGAUUCUUUCAGGUUCCAGGAUUCAAUAAUGUGACAAUGGUGUAUGAUGGCCAACAUGUUAUAGCAAAGGUUAACGGCAAAAUUAAGUCAACUGCUCUCAUUGGAAAUAUUGAAAGACGCCAAGCCGGUUUGUUGAUUGGUGAUUGUGAUGGUCAGCAUUCAUUCCAUGGAGAGAUUGACUACUUUGCUGUUUACAUGUGCUUGCCGGACGAAGAUGUUUUCCAAAGAGUUGCUCCGACGAAAGGAAGAGAUAUAGCUUAAUAAAACUACCUAUAACAAACACAAAUGCAUACAUUUUUACCUCUCUCUCUUAGUCUGUCCUUUUCUCUCAUGCGCUCAAGCACACAUACUUGCAUACAAAACA